ACUUCCAAUUUUUCCCUUCCAUUAUAUUCUUCUCUCCCUCCAUCAUUCAUUAUUCAAUCUACAUAUGGCCAUGAGUGAAACCAUGCCGGUGGGCCCAACUGAUUGGGCGCAGUUCUACCACCACACCUUGUCGCCGCCGCAUCAGCCGAUCGCCGAUAUUUUUGCCGGAGGCGGCCGAGUUUCGGAUGCCACGGUGGUUACGACGACCAACGUGACUUCCUCUGCCGCCGCCCUGCCGCAGUCUCUGAGUGGACAGGGAGGCAGCAGACUGAGCCCUGAGGGACGGGUUUCGAAGCCCGUCCGCCGGCGGACCAGAGCCUCCCGUAGGACUCCGACGACCGUUCUCAACACCGACGCGUCCAACUUCCGCGCCAUGGUGCAGCAGUUCACCGGCGGCCCGUCGCUGGCGGCGGCGCAGCCGAUGGGUCAUUAUCCGUUCCUUAACCACGGGUCGGGCUACGGGUUCGGGCUGGGGAGCUCCGUCGUCUCCCGCCAUACCCAGCUGGGGAACCCGACUCCGGCGAGGACGACGUCCGGCUACCAGUUUCCGUUCCAGACGUCCCAAAGCGGCGGACCCUUUAUGUUUCCCGCUUCGCAGCCGAUGGGAAUCUCAAACUCCGACGACCACGCCGGGACUUCGCCGGGAAGUCUCUCGUUCUUGGAGAGCAUUCAAAUAGGAUCUACUUCGACGUCUUUUUCCGCCGGCGGGAACGAGACCAACAAUUUCUUGUUCUAAGACGACGUCGCUUGGUGCUGACUUUUGACAACCACGACGCCGUACGUAAGGCGGGAUACACCGCCGGUAAAAAUGGACGACAAAGUUUUAUUAUUUUUCCCGGCGAGGAACGUGUCGGCGGGAAGUUCUUUGUCCGUUUUUCGUGUAGGCGUAUAUGGGGCGUUCUUCGUCUUAUUUUAUUUUAUUUUACUCCGUAUGUUAUUCUUUAACCCC